UCCUUCCUUUUCUCGAGUCGAAGAUAUGAUAAUUUGAAGGUAAGGGCUGCUCCUGAGAGUGCUGAAGAUGCUUCGAAUCCGAGGGGGAUGGUUAAGACUUUGCAGCUUGGUGCUUUGUUUGGAAUUUGGUACCUUUUGAAUAUUUACUUCAACAUCUACAACAAACAGGUUCUGAAAGUCUAUCCGUUUCCAGCAACGGUUACAGCGUUUCAGUUUGGCUGCGGGACUCUGAUGAUUUUGUUGAUGUGGGGUUUUAACCUCUACCCCAGGCCAAACUUCACUCGCUCACAGCUUGGAGCAAUUGUACCGCUGGCUGUGGCACACACAAUGGGCAACCUAUUGACCAACAUCAGUAUUGGGAGAGUUGCCGUUUCCUUCACUCACACAAUCAAAGCCAUGGAGCCCUUCUUCACGGUCCUGUUCUCUGCCCUCUUACUUGCAGAGAGGCCGACUGUCUGGGUGGUUUCUUCUCUUGUGCCAAUUGUAGGUGGAGUGGCAUUGGCAUCCUUCACCGAGGCCUCUUUUAAUUGGAUUGGUUUCGGCAGCGCAAUGGCCUCUAAUCUUACUAACCAAUCGCGUAAUGUACUCAGCAAGAAGCUCAUGGUUAAGAAAGAGGAAUCUUUGGACAAUAUCAAUCUCUUCUCAGUGAUAACUAUCAUUUCCUUCAUCCUGUUGGUUCCUUCAGCGAUUCUGUUGGAAGGCGUUAAAUUUACUCCUGCAUACCUGCAUUCAGCUGCAAGCCAAGGAUUGAAUAUCAGAGAGUUAUGCGUGAGAUCACUUCUGGCUGGGUUCUGCUUCCAUACUUAUCAGCAGGUGUCUUAUAAGAUACUGGAGAUGGUAUCGCCGGUGACUCACGCAGUAGGGAACUGUGUGAAGCGUGUGGUGGUGAUUGUCUCCUCAGUCAUCUUCUUCCAAAUACCCGUCUCACCCAUAAAUUCUCUCGGGACUGGUCUGGCUCUUGCUGGAGUCUUCUUGUAUUCAAGAGCCAAGAGAAUAAAGCCAAAGCCCAAUUAAUCUUUGCAUAAAUUAUACAAGUGUAAUGAAUAAAAAAAGCAAAACAAAAACCAUCAACUGUAAAGAUCAUUAGUUCCGUGUCAUCAUCAUCGUGUACUUGUAUUGUAUGCAAAAGAUAUAUAUAUUGGAGGGAUGAGUUCGAGUGCAGACGUAAAUGCUCUUAACCACUGCAAAGAUCAUUAGUUCUGUCAU